AUGUUCAUUACUGUUCUCUUUUGUUUAUUCCUCUAUUUUCAUCAUAUUUCAUCAAAUGAUCGACAACAUUUUUAUCGUGAAGUAGCCGUUUAUUUCAAAGGAUCAAAAGAAAAUUUAGCUUAUAUUAUCAGAAUUCUCGGAUAUGAUCUAUUAGAUGAAAUACCGUCGGGAAGUUCUUAUUUUAUUCUACAAAAACGUUCUAUUCAUAAACGUUCAUUAUCAUCGAAUAGACAAUUGUUUAGUGAAUUAAAAAGACAUUUCAAUUAUGUUCAGUUUCAACAUUCAAUAUUACGUGUGAAACGGGAUUAUGUUGAUCGUUCAACAUCUAGAGAAAAUCAACGAAGACGUCGAGAACAUCAUUCAAAUGUAAAGCGUUCAAAAUCCAUAUUAUUACAACGAAAUUUAGAUACUCCAAGUCAGAACAAUAAUAAUAUACAAUUACGUGACAAUGAGAAGAUAACCCUACAAGUAACAGAAAAAUUAAUGAAGAUAAAAUCAAAUAGUGCUGCUGUACCACGUUUUGAUGAUCCCGAAUAUCAGAAAAUGUGGUAUUUAAACGAUCAAACAGAUAGAAAAGCACUUGAUAUGAAUAUACCAGCUGCUUGGGAUUUAGGUGUGAGUGGCAAGGGUAUUACGGUAACAAUCACAGACGAUGGAAUCGAAUAUACACAUCCUGAUUUAAAAAAUAAUUAUGAUCCAUUGUCAUCAACAGAUAUUAAUGAUCGUGAUAGUGAUCCAAUGCCGAGAUAUGAUGAAACAAACGAAAAUAAACAUGGAACUAGGUGUGCCGGUGAGGUUGCAGCUGUUGCCAACAAUAAAUUUUGUAUGGUGGGUGUGGCGUAUAAAGCACUUGUAGGUGACGGUCGAAUAACAGAUAGAACAGAAGCAGAAUCGAUUGGAUUUAAUCAACAACAUAUCAAUAUUGUUAGUGCAAGUUGGGGACCUGACGAUGAUGGACGGACUGUUGAUGGACCUGGUCGAUUAUGUUCUGCGGCUUUUCAAAAUGGAAUACUCUACGGGAGAAAUGGUAAAGGUCAGAUUUAUGUGUGGGCGGCAGGAAACGGUGGCCGUGAUAUUGACAAUUGCAAUUGCGAUGGCUAUACAAAUUCACCGUUGACAAUGUCUGUAUCGAGUGCCACUGAACAUGGUACUAGUGCCUCAGCUCCACUGGCAGCUGCUAUCGUGGCUCUAGUAUUAGAAGCAAAUCCAGAUUUAACUUGGCGUGAUAUGCAGUAUAUCGUUAUAUUAACAGCUAGACCACUCACUUUACGCGGUGAUUGGAAAACAAAUGGUAUUGGAUUAAAUGUUAGUAAUGCAUUCGGAUUUGGCAUGAUGAAUGCAGAACAAAUGGUCCGAAAAGCGAGACAAUGGAAAAGUGUACCGAAACGACGUCAUUGUAUUGUUGAAACAGAUACAAAAAAUGAAAAAAUUUCACCGUUAUCCAAAAUUAUUACGCAAAUAUGUACAAAAGCGUGCAGAAAUACCAAAGGAGAAAUUAAUUAUUUGGAACAUGUUGAAGCAGCACUAACAAUUGAAUGUAAACGUCGUGGUGACAUUAUGAUAUUUUUAACGAGUCCACACGGUACUAAUUCAACAUUACUCGAUUUAAGACGACUGGAUGAUUCAGAUAAAGGAUUUACACAAUGGCCAUUUAUGACUGUGCAUAACUGGGGUGAACAGCCACAAGGUUGUUGGAAAUUAGAAAUUGCUAAUACUGGUAUGGGCGAGGCCGAGUUAAAUUAUUUUACAUUGUAUUUGCAUGGCGUAAAGCCAAAAGAUCCAUUGAAUUAUAAAGAAACAGAGGAUGCUGUAUGA